AUGGCUAGCAUCGUUGAGGAAGCCAAACGCGCAGCUGGUAAGGCCGCUGUCGACAACCACUAUCCUAAAGAUGCCAAAUAUGUCGGCAUUGGCAGUGGAUCUACCAUCGUGUAUGUUGUCGAAGCGAUCAAGGAUCUAGGAAUCGACACCUCUGUCACCAAGUAUGUCCCUACGGGCUCUCAGUCAAAACAGCUCAUUGUCUCCGCGGGCUUGACGGCUAUUGAUUUCGAUGCUCUCCCGCAAGGCACAGUGCUCGAUAUUGCUUUCGAUGGCGCUGACGAGGUGGAUGACGAGCUCAACUUGAUCAAGGGCGGUGGCGCCUGUCUUUUCCAGGAGAAGAUCGUGGCUCUUCAAGCCAAAGAGUUCAUCUGUGUAGCUGACUCUCGCAAGCUACAGUCACGCCUUCUCUCAAACUGGAAAUAUAUCCCUAUCGAGGUCGCCCCGAUAGCGGCCGCCCGAGUGCUGACCGCGCUCACACUCCUGGGUAGCAUCGAUCCAGCCGUCCGCAUGCAGCCUGAUGCGAAGACCGUUCCCCUCAGGACAGACCAGAAUUUCUACAUCGUUGAUGCGCCAUUCGCGUCUCUCCUCACCAAGGCAGAUGUUCUGAUCGGUCAGGAUGGCAGCGGAAAGGCUGGCGUGUGGGAGGUCGAGGCCCUGUCUCAGGCUAUCAAGCAGAUUCCCGGUGUUCUGGACGUGGGCAUUUUCUCCGGGUUGACCGGUCCUCAGGCUCAGGCUCUUGGCGGAAUUGGUGGCCAAAAGCCUGUUGCUGCUUACUUCGGCAUGCCGGAUGGCUCUGUCUCGGUGAGGAAGGCAGCUCCUUAA